AAUCACAGCCACAUUCAUUAUUCCCGAUUCCCCAAACCCGGCCACACUUCACGCGCUAUUUACGUAAGGAGCAGUAUCCCCAUAUAUAUACACCGGGGUCAGCAUCCCGUUGACGACAUGGCCACGCGCCAGCGCCACCUCUUAAUCAAGAACCUCCUCUCCCGUUACACCCUGCGCCGCCUGAACUCAGCUCCGUCAUCCAUCUCCGCCGCCGCCUCCCCGCCGUCUGACAUCUCCCGGAAACCCGAUCCCGUCCAGAUCCUCGACUUGGACGACGUCAGGGAGAUCUUCUCCUCCGUGCCGACCCUGAAAUUGGUGAAAUCCUCCGCGACGCUGCACAUGGCGGCGGUGGAGCCGCUGGUGGACGUGGGGAAUUGGGUGAUGAAUUCGAGAGCGAUGGAAGUUCCGGUGGUGCGGGAAAGCAUCCUCGGGGUCGUCAGGCAUUUGUUCUACGACCAUUUCUGUGGGGGUAGGGAUUUGGUCGAAGUGGGUCGGACCGUUUCCAGGUUGUCUGACUCCGGUCUAAAGGCCAUGUUGGAUUACGGUCUGGAGCAUGCGACGGAUAACAAGUCGUGUGAUCUCAGCUUGAAAGUCAUUCUUGACACUGCUGAUUCGGUCAACUCCCACCCCUCUUCUUCUGUAAGUUUCAUAGUGGUGAAGAUAACUGCAAUUUGUCCCCCAAGGUUAAUUAAAAGAGUGAGUGAUUUGCUGAGGUGGGAAUAUAAGAACCCAUCUUUCCAUCUCCCAUGGAAGCAAAAAGCACUUCCAAUUUUCUCGGAGUCCAGCCCACUCUAUCACACAACAAGGGAGCCAGAGCAGUUGAGCCAGGAGGAAGAGCAUGAUCUUGAACUGGGGCAUCAGAGGCUGCAGAGGAUUUGUGAAAAAUGCUUGGAGGUUGGUGUCCCAGUGUUGAUAGAUGCAGAGGACACAAUGUUGCAGCCUGCCAUUGAUUAUCUGGCUUACACUGCAGCCGUUUCGUAUUAUAAGGGCAACGAGCCUCUGGUUUUCGGAACGGUUCAGGCCUAUCUGAAAGACGCAAAGGACAGGCUGGUGGGUACAAAGAAGGCUGCCGAGAAAAUGGGGAUUCCUAUGGGGUUCAAACUGGUGAGAGGAGCUUACUUGUCAAGUGAAAGACGACUGGCUUCUUCUCUAGGUGUUGAGUCUCCAAUCCACAACAACAUUCACCAAACCCAUGCCUGUUUUGAUGAUUGUGCGUCUUUCAUGCUUGACGAAAUUGCGAAUGGCUCUGGAGCAGUUGUUCUGGCCACCCAUAAUGUUGAAUCAGGGAAACUAGCUGCAACGAAGGUAACAGAUUUGGGAAUCAGAAAGGAUAGCCCAAAGAUCCAGUUUGGUCAGCUGUAUGGAAUGUCAGAUGCACUUUCAUUUAGCUUAAGAAAUGCAGGUUUUCAAGUUAGCAAGUACUUGCCUUUCGGUCCCGUGGACGAAAUAAUGCCAUAUCUUCUGAGAAGGGGAGAAGAAAACAGAGGCAUGUUAUCUGCUUCAUCCCUUGACAGACAACUCAUGAGGAAAGAGAUAAAGAGAAGAUUACUAUCAACUAUUUUUUAGCCCCAAGAUGAAGAAAAUUUGAAGAUGUGUUUCCGCAAUGAUGAUCAAGAUCCCAUAAAUCCUUUCAUCACUACAUUGCAAAAAAUGUGAUUCAGACAAAAAAAAUGCAUUAUUGCAAAGUGCAAACCAACUGUACCAUGUUAUGUAAUGGUCAAAUCCUUGUGCAGUUAUGGAUCACAUAGAAGAUUAAAUUAUUCAAAAAAGA